AGGCUCUCUGAAGAAAUACAAAAGCUCAGGUUCUGAAAUCAAACUAGAAAGUUGAGCUGAGAAAGUAAGGAUUAACAGGAGCUUUUCAUGAUGCAGCUUUAUGCAGCUCUGAUCCUGUGUGUGACUCUGUCUGCAGCAUGUGGAUUAAGAUGCUACACAUGCAGAGCAGCCGAUCCUAAAUCCUGCAUAGACACCACAUCUUGUCUUCCUGGCUUCGAGCGUUGUUACUCUCUCAAAGUAGUAGGUCUUAAUGCAGUUACAAAGGGCUGCCUGAACAGUGCAGCAUGUGUUUGGCCUAUGUCUUGCUGUGAAGGGAACCUGUGUAACAGCGCUAUUCCAACUGGUCCCAGUGCCAUCCUGCUGCUGGUAUCUUCAGCCAUCCUCAAAUUUCUUUUCUGAGGCUGAGGAAUGAUGUUGUUUCCCUGCUGCACUGUGUUCCAAUUCUAUUUUGUAUCAGUAGGGAAGAAAUAAACAACUUUGAAGUGCCUGAAAUAAAACUGUUAUUGCUAUUUUCAUCUGUCAUUCAGGAAAGUUCAGGGUUUGACCUAUCAAAAUACUGUAUUGCAUGAAUUUAAUGUUUUCCAAAGCAAAUAAAAAUGCAAACAGACAUUUGCAUAUUUUGAAUACUUUGAACUGUGUUUGGGAAUAUGCCAGAGUCUUUAUUUAAUUUUACUACAGCUAAUGAAGCUCAGAGCACAGGUAGGCUGCUGUGUGAUGUAUUUGUUUUUAACCAAAAUAAAAGGGAACCAACUUAAUGUCACUUAAAAGUCAAGUAGCCUAUUUCUU